AUGGACAAAUCCGUGCUCCUGGGCCACGCCGACAAGAUCAAGGGCCAGCGGCUCACGUUGAGCAGCCCGUUCUCAGCGCGCCGGCGCCGGGUCUGUUUCGAACGAGUCGCCGAGGCUGGCAGCCCAGUCAUUGCCCGAGUUCGCUUGCCGGGCCACCACCCGGACGCGGCCCCGGCCGUCGGCAAAGAGGACGAGGCCGAGGACGUGGCGUACGCGAUAGCCUGCGAGAUGGCCACCAUGAGGUUCGUGGAGCAGGAGCUGCCCGGCGUUGUUGUUCCCCCAGAGUACGCCUUCGAGGGCCCGGGCUCACAGCUCGCCGCCGACGCCGGUGGCGUGUACAUAGAAGCCGGCUUCUACGGCAACACUCUACGCGACGUCGGGCCCGACAUGUCCACCCUUCCUAUCUCGGCUCGAGAACACAUAGAACACAUCGUGGCGCAGUGGGCCAGAUUACACGCCGAGCUGGCGACGCUGGCGUGUCCCCAGAUUCUCUGUUUGCGCCGUGUCGCCGACGGGGCUGCCUACCAUCGGCAGGCUGGCGGGGACUCGAGCCCUACUAGCUUUCCCCUUUGCCAUGUGCGUCUCGGCGCGGAGAAUGUUCUCGUCGGGGACAAGUUUGAUUUUCUUGCCGCGACUGACUGGGAGUUCUGCCACACCGCGCCCUGGCAGGUGGUGUACGAGAGCGUGUCGCGGCACGAGUUUGGUGAAGAGGUGUUGCGGCACAAAUUCCGGAGCGCCGAGAAGGAGUUGCCGAUGCAAGGGAGACCUGUUGCUGUGUCGUCCGGCCAGAUUUGGGGCAGCCCGGCGUCGAGAAUUUAUGCUUGCUUCUCCAAGCUCGGCCGCGUGCCCGAGGCCGAUGGCGGCUUGGUCUACCAGGUGGUGCGGCUGGCGUUUGCUUGGACCGGUAGAGAAGCAGACGAGUGCCUUGAAAAUAUCAAAAUUCAUUAUAAUGCUUCAACCUUGCGAAAACGUGCUAGACCAAAAGUCAUGUCCGUCGCUGGACGAGCAGUGUCUGCUGCUCCCGUGUAUGGCAGCGGUUUCAUACCACGCCUCGCACUGUAG